UUUACAUUCGCAGAUAUGGCCACCAAAACCGCCGGUAAGGAUAAGUCCAAAAACAUUAUGCGUGAUCUCCGGAUCCGCAAGUUGUGUUUGAAUAUUUGUGUCGGCGAAUCUGGUGACAGGUUGACUCGAGCCGCCAAGGUGCUGGAACAGCUCACCGGUCAAACUCCGGUGUACUCCAAAGCCCGUUAUACUGUGCGUUCGUUCGGCAUUCGGCGUAACGAAAAGAUUGCGGUUCACUGCACGGUCCGCGGUGCCAAGGCUGAGGAAAUUCUCGAGCGGGGCUUGAAGGUGCGGGAGUACGAAUUGCGUCGGGACAACUUUUCCCAGACGGGAAAUUUCGGCUUCGGUAUUCAGGAACACAUUGAUCUGGGUAUCAAGUACGAUCCGUCGAUCGGAAUCUAUGGAUUGGAUUUCUACGUCGUUUUGGGACGACCAGGCUAUAACGUUGCCCAGAGACGACGCAAGACUGGUAAGAUUGGUUUCAUCCAUCGUCUCACGAAGGAAGACGCCAUGAAAUGGUUCCAGCAGAAGUAUGAUGGUAUCAUUCUUAAUAGCAAAGCUAAGUAAAAUGCUUUCCAUAACCAUUUUUACCGUCUCUGUAAUAAGCUUAUGUUAAAAUACGAAAGAGAGAAAAAAAUCUGUAAA